AUGAUUUACAAGUUCUUUAUCCACGCCCUUGCCUUCUCACUUAUUGAAGGGGCCGUAAUCAGACGAUGGUCAAACGGUGACACUCCAGAUGGAACUGUUGACCCUGGUGCAGCUCAAGGCUGCCAGUACUGGGCGAACAGUAUCAGCCCUAGUGAUGAAUGUGGAGCUAUAUUAAGCUACUUCGACAUCACCGAAGAACAAUUUCUCGCUUGGAAUCCUUCUCUGGGAGAUGCCUGCGAGUCGAGGCUUGAGGAAGGCCAUGCGUAUUGCGUUGCAGCGCCACCUCCAAAGCCAACCCCGUCAUUCCCCAACCAGACUUCCACAACCGGUGAUACCACUACUACAUCGCCAUCGACACCCACGUUGACACCCGCAUCCCCGACGUCAACAGUACCAAGCCCUACACAACCGGGUCUAACCCCUGAUUGUACCAAAUUUUACAAGGUGAAGCCUGGUGAUAAUUGCUACGACAUUGCUAAGACCAAUGGGAUUUCCCAAGAUGACUUUAAUGCCUGGAAUCCUGCUGUCGGCGACACCUGUGCAGGCCUUUGGGGUGGUUACUACGUCUGUAUUGGUACCAAGGCAACUGUCCCAUCCACUAUCAGUACCACCACAGCUCCAACUUCAACUGGUUCCCCUGGUCCUUCGCCCACCCAGCCAGGCAUAAUCAAUACUUGCACGAAUUUCUAUCAAGCUGUCUCUGGCGACAACUGUGAUGUGAUUGUCAACCAAAAGUUCAAGACCUUCACCCUCGAAGAUUUCAUUGCCUGGAACCCAGCUGUGAAGUCUGACUGCUCUGGCCUUUGGAGAGGAUAUUACUAUUGCACUGGAGUGCCAGGAACUCCCACCAAGCCCAUUACAACCAGCACCCCCAAGCCUACGGCCAACCCAAUGAACCCCCAGCCUCAACAGCCAGGAAGGGUCAAAAACUGCAACAAAUUCUAUCUUGUUAAAAGCGGGGAUAACUGCUACAGUAUUGAGCAGAAAUUCUCCCUUUCACAUAACAACUUCGUGAGAUGGAACCCUGACGUAAAGGAUGAUUGCUCAUCACUCUGGCAAGGAUAUCACAUGUGUGUCGGUGUGCAAGGGCAACCAACGAGGACGUCUACUGCCUCCGCACCGCAGCCGACGGCCCAUGAGCCCCUAUACCCUGGUACCAUCAAGGAAUGCAAGAACUACCACCUGGUAAAAUCAGGUGAUACCUGUUGGUCACUUCAGCAGAGCUACAAUCUUGACGAGAACAAGUUUAAAACGUUGAAUCCAGUUUUGGCAUCGGAUUGCUCGAAGUUAUGGUUAGGGUAUUAUAUUUGUGUGUCAGCAUGA